AUGGAGGCCGAGCCGGGGCCGGAGAGGCGACCGCGAACCCCAGACCUGACGCCGGAGAGGGCGCCGCCGUCGGAGCCGGCGCCGAGCUGCGAACGGGCCCGGGAGCCUGAGCCGGCGCGGGGCCCAAGCCCCGGGCGACCAGAGGAGGGCGCCCAGGCUCUGGCCGAGUUCGCGGCGCUGCAUGGGCCGGCACUGCGCGCAUCGGGAGUCCCCGAGCUCUACUGGGGCCCUCUGCUGCACAAGCUGGAGCACGAGGUUUUCGAUGCUGGGGAGAUGUUUGGAAUCGUGCAGGUGGAAGAAGUGGAGGAGAACGGGAGUGAGGCUGAGGAGGCUCGUGAAGCAAGGAGGAAGAGACCCAAUCCCGGGGGCGACCUCUGCUACAGGGUCAUCGUGACCAACGAGAUGGGGCUGCGGGCAGCCGACCCCAGCAGCAUCUUCCUCAUCGACCAUGCGUGGACGUACCGUGUGGAGCACGCCCGCCAACAGCUGCAACAGACACCUGGCCUGUUGCACCGCAUGGCCAACCUGAUGGGCAUCGAGUUCCACGGUGAGGUGCCCAGCACAGAGGCUGUGGACCUGGCACUCGGGGAAAUGUGGACGUUCAACCAGACCUACCGGCUGGCCCAGGGGACGGCUGAGGAGAAGGUGCCAGUGUGGUACAUCAUGGAUGAGUUUGGCUCACGGAUCCAGCACUCAGACACACCCAGCUUUGCCACGGCCCCGUUCUUCUACAUGCCCCAGCAGGUGGCCUACACGUUGCUGUGGCCCCUGAGGGACCUGGACACAGGCGAGGAGGUGACCCGGGACUUUGCCUAUGGAGAGACAGAUCCCCUGAUCCGGAAGUGCAUGCUGCUGCCCUGGGUGCCCGCCAACAUGCUGGACAUUAGUUCCUCCACACCCGAGCCGCCAGAGGAGUACUACAAGGCUAUUCUAGAUGAGAACAAGGAGAGGCUGCCUCUGGCCAUCAGCAUACCAACCUACCCUCAGGACCACGUCUUCAAGGUCUACUCCGACGUGCAGCAGGUGCAUGACCACUUGACCCACCCGAGGUUCACCUUCACCUCGAGCGAGGCAGAAGCCGACAUCCUCUACAGCUUCUCCCACUUUAAGGACUACCGGAGGCUCAGCGAGGAGCGGCCUCAGGUGCUGGUGAACCAGUUUCCCUGCGAAAACCUGCUGACGGUCAAGGACUGCCUGGCCUCCAUCGCCCGCCGGGUGGGGGGCCCCGAGGGUCCGCCCUGGCUGCCCCGCACCUUCAACCUGCGCACCGAGCUGCCCCAGUUUGUCAGCUACUUCCAGCAGCGGGAGGGGCGGGGUGAGGACAAUCACUGGAUCUGUAAGCCCUGGAACCUGGCCCGCAGCCUGGACACCCACAUCACAAAGGACCUCCGCAGCAUCAUCCGGCAACGCGAGAGCGUCCCCAAGGUGGUGUCCAAGUACAUCGAGAGCCCCGUCCUAUUCCAUCGCGAGGACGUGGGGUUGGUGAAGUUCGAUGUCCGCUACGUUGUGCUGCUGCGCUCGGUGCUGCCUCUGCGGCUGCUUGUCUACGACGUCUUCUGGCUGCGCUUCUCCAACCGGCCCUUCGCGCUCAAUGACCUGGACGACUAUGAGAAGCAUUUCACCGUCAUGAACUAUGACCCUGAGGUGGCACUGAAGCAGGUACAUUAUGACGAGUUCAUCCCAGAGUUCGAGAAGCAGUAUCCGGAGUUCCCCUGGAAGGAUGUCCAGGCUGACAUCUUCCAGGCCUUCAAGGAGCUGUUUGAAGCAGCAUGUGCGAAGCCCGCACCCCAGGGCCUUUGGCCAUACCCCUCAUCACGGGCUCUCUACGCCGUCGACCUCAUGCUGAAGUGGGAGGAGCACCCCAAUGGAAAGCGGAUCAUGCAGCCCCAGAUCCUGGAGGUGAAUUUCAACCCCGACUGUGAGCGCGCCUGCAAGUACCACCCAACCUUCUUCAAUGACAUCUUCAGCACCUUGUUUCUGGACGAGCCCAGUGGCUGCCACGUCACCUUCCUUCUCUAG